AUCUAUCCAAUUAUGGGAUGCUUAUAAAUAUUCCUCAAUUCCAUACAGUUUUAAAUGUGUUUAAUAAGAAUCCACAUCUGCCCUAAACGUUGUAAUAUCAUGAAGCUAUCUGUAUAGGAGAAGAUAACUAAAAGAAUCCGUCGAUUUCAGGUGGUAAAAAACGUGGGUCAGGUCGAAAAAAAGAUAUGGCGACAAACGGUACAAAGACAUGUCCGUCUCCAAUGAAAGCUACAUCCAAUGGGUCAUUCCAAGGAGACAAUCCUCUGGAUUACGCCCUUCCUCUGCUUAUUGUGCAGAUAUGCUUGGUCGUCGCCCUCACUCGAACACUCGCCUAUCUUCUUCGCCCCCUCAGGCAGCCCCGCGUCAUUGCUGAGAUCAUUGGAGGGGUUCUGCUUGGUCCAUCUGCUUUAGGCAGGAACAAACACUAUCUGAAUUCCAUAUUCCCCCCUAGAAGCCUAACAGUGUUGGAUACCCUGGCCAAUCUUGGCCUUCUCUUCUUUCUGUUCCUUGUUGGUCUUGAGCUUGAUCCCAAGUCUCUCCGCCGAACAGGAAAGAAAGCGUUGAGCAUUGCCCUUGCUGGGAUCAGUCUUCCUUUCUUGUUAGGGGUGGGGACGUCGUUUGUGCUCAGAUCAACAGUGGCUCAAGGAGUGAAGCAGGGUCCGUUUCUGGUCUUCAUGGGAGUGGCCCUUUCAAUCACAGCUUUCCCGGUUUUGGCACGUAUCCUGGCCGAACUCAAGCUCUUAACCACAGAUGUUGGGCAAAUGGCCAUGUCAGCGGCCGCAGUUAAUGACGUGGCAGCUUGGAUCCUACUUGCCCUUGCCAUUGCCCUUUCCAGUUCAGGCAACAAUUCCCCACUAACCUCGCUAUGGGUGUUAUUGUGUGGGAGCGGAUUUGUGCUCUUCUGCAUAUUGGUCGCCCCUCCUAUAUUCAGAUGGAUGGCCCGUGGCGUCUCUGAAGGGGAGCAAGUCAAGGAGUUACAUGUGUGUGCCACGCUGGCAGCUGUGCUAGCAGCCGGAUUUGUUACUGACACUAUUGGAAUUCAUGCCUUGUUUGGAGCUUUCGUGCUUGGGGUUCUGGUUCCCAAAGAAGGGCCGCUUGCAGGUGCCUUGGUUGAAAAAGUUGAAGAUGUGGUGUCCGGGCUGUUCCUCCCAUUGUACUUCGUUUCGAGUGGAUUGAAGACGAAUGUCGCCACCAUCCAAGGUGCUCAGUCAUGGGGUCUUCUGGCUUUGGUCAUUGUAACAGCAUGCUUUGGAAAGAUUUUUGGUACGAUUUUGGCCUCACUGUUGUGCAAGGUUCCUUUCACUGAGGCUGUCAGUCUCGGUUUCUUGAUGAACACUAAAGGUUUAGUGGAGCUCAUUGUUCUUAACAUUGGAAAAGAUAGAGGGGUUCUAAACGAUCAAACAUUUGCCAUUAUGGUGUUGAUGGCUCUCUUUACUACCUUCAUCACAACACCGUUGGUUAUUGCGACAUACAAACCGGCAAAAAUGGCUGUGACAGAAUACAAACACAGAACCAUACAAACAAAGGACCCGAGCAACAAAAAGAGAUUAAGAAUCUUGGCAUGCUUCCAUGGCAAAGAGAACAUAUCCUCACUGAUUAAUCUCAUCGAGGCUUCUCGUGGGACCGAGAAGAGAGAAAUCCGGGUAUACGCGAUGCACCUGGUGGAACUCUCAGAGAGGCCUUCUGCUAUCCUUAUGUGCCACAAAGCAAGGAAGAACGGGCUCCCCUUCUGGAACAAGGAAACAGCGAGCAGCCCCAUCCAUCACUCGGCUGACCAACUAAUCGUUGCUUUUGAGACGUUUGGGCAGCUCAGCAAGGUUUCAAUCCGCCCGACAACGGCCAUCUCUGCGCUCUCCAGCAUGCAUGAGGACAUCACGAGCUGUGCCAAUCAGGAGAGGGUGACCAUGAUCAUUCUCCCUUUCCACAAACACCAAAGAUACGACGGGCAUCUCGAGACAACCCGAACCGAGUUCCGCCACGUGAACCGGCGGGUCCUCCAGUACGCUCCGUGCUCUGUUGGCAUCCUGGUCGACCGAGGACUCGGCGGGACAUCACAUGUGUCAGCUAGCAAUGUGGACUACUCGAUCACCGUCCUCUACUUUGGAGGCCACGACGACCGUGAAGCUCUUGCAUAUGGGGAGAGAAUGGCUGAGCACCCUGGGAUCAGCUUGCGAGUCACCCGUUUUGUCAUUGACCCAGAGGUUGUGGGAAAGAGCGUGACAGUACACAUGGGGUCCAAUGUGCCGGACAAAACAGAAGAUGAUGAUGAAGCCUACUUUAACGACUUCAAGCAGAGAAUCCUGAAAAAUUCCUCCGUGAAAUAUGAAGAGGUGGUGGUUAGGAGUGGAGGGGGGGUAACGGAAGCGGUUCGAGAGUUGAAUCGUGGGUGCAACCUAUUUGUGGUUGGACGAAUGCCGGAGGGGCAAAUAGUGUCAUCGAUGAAGGGUGGGGAAUGCCCAGAAUUAGGACCUGUGGGGAAUUUGUUGACCUUUCCAGACUACCCAACAACAGCAUCAGUUCUUGUGGUUCAGCAGUAUCGGCGAGAGCUGUCCAUGAAUCAUUUGAACUCACUCAAGGAAGCUGCUGCAGAUUCAACCACAGAUUAUGAUUCGGCUUGAUUAUAAGAAGAUAGGGAGCAUCAAUAGCACACCACACCCACUUGCAUGCAAAUAUGCAAUUGGGAUGUUUAUAUUAUACAUGUCCUGAAUCUACAGAUUAUAAUAGAAUAGAAAUUAAGCCUUUCUCCACCUACUUACCUACUACAUGAUGGUGGGCAGGAGCCAGGAAUAAUGACCAUAUAUUGUGAAAAGUUAAGCUCUUCUGUAGUCGGGCAUGGAUAAAGUCUUGCUACAAGAUACUUCUUCUGUAACCUUGCCUAUCAUCUUCAUGAGUAAAUAAAUAUGUCCGUG